AAAUUACCAACCAACUUAUUACACUUUGAGGAAAGAAGCGAGAUGAGAUUCUACUGCAAACCAAUCCAAGCCCAAUCCAUUUGGUUCGGAAACGGCCCUUAAAACCCUAAAACAUCAAAUCUCACCCACUGCACUGCCAUUUUGCCCCUGCAUCACAAACUAGUUAGAGUCGCACUCAACUCAACCCCGCCGUUAAAACCACUGGAAAAAGCUGCCGGAAUUCUUCGUCGUAGCAAGGAAUCCCGCCGACAACUGUCAAUGAUUGCACUGUUUUAAAUUUGAUUAGUAAGAUGAAGGCCAUGACUAAGAAAAAGAAUCCCCUGGUGUUUAUGGAUGUAUCUAUCGAUGGGGAUCCCGUUAAAAGGAUGGUUUUUGAGCUUUUCCAUGAUGUUGCUCCCAAAACUGCAGAAAAUUUCCGUGCAUUAUGUACAGGAGAGAGAGGUAUCAGUUCAAAUACUGGAAAAUUGCUUCACUACAAGGGUUCUUUCUUCCAUCAAAUUAUGAAAGGCUCCAUCGUGAAGGGUGGUGAUUUUGUCAAUCGUAAUGGGACUGGUGGAGAAAGCAUAUAUGGUUCAAACUUUCCUGACGAGUCACCUAGGCUAAAGCAUGAUGGCCCUGGGCUUUUGUCAAUGGCAAUUGCUGACCGUGAUAAGCUUGGUUCUCAUUUUAUUAUCACUUUGAAAGCUGAUCACCAUCUUGACAGGAAAUAUGUAGUCUUUGGGAGGCUUGUUGAAGGGCUUAAGGUAUUGAAGAAAAUUGAAGAUGUUGGGGAUGAUGAAGGGCAUCCAACUGUAACUGUUAAAAUUAUUAACUGUGGUGAAUAUAAUGAGGAUGGGAAGAAGGUAAAUAAAUCAAAAACAGGAAAGGAUGGAGCCUGUGAAGGCAAUAAUCUUGAAACACGGAGGAAGGGAAAGCUCAAGAGGUCUUCAAAAGACAGAAGGAAAAGGAAAAGAUACCACUCAUCUGAAUCAGAGAGCUCUUCAGAUUCAGACAUGGAAUCUUCGGAAACUGAUAGUGAUUCUGACUCAGAUAUGUCCUCAUCAUCUAAUAUAAGUUCAUCUAGUGAUGACAGGCGAAGAAAGAGAAAGAGAUCCAAGAAAGAUAAAUAUAAACGUGGAAAAAGAAGAGAUAAACGCCGUGACAAAAGGCGAAGAAGACGGGAUAAGAGAUCGAAGCGCAGAUCAAAAAGGGAAUCUGGCAGUGAUUCAGAUAGCGAGAGUAGCAGUAGCUCUGAUGAUGAAAGUCUUGAUACUCAACAGCAAGAGCUGAAGCGAAAAGAUCGUUAUCAGAAAAAAGCUGAACUGAAGUCUCCCUCAGUUGUGGAGAAAGAUGCACCCACCAUUCAUCAUAGAAAGGAAGAGGCAGGUAUGCCAGCGAGCAAUGUAAAAACUGUAAAGGAAAAUGGAGAGCGGCAUAGCAAUGGUACUGGAGCUGCCUAUAGAUCUGACAGAAGUGAAGAGAGGCAGCCUGACGUGAUGGAUGUUCAUUUGGGCAAAUCUAGGAGUCGAAGCACAAGCCCUAAGCGACCCAUGAGUAAGAGUAUGAGUAUUAGUCCUAGGAGGAGUAGGAGCAAGAGCCGGAGCAUUACCCCAAAAAGAAGAUUGAGAAAAAGUCCAAGUGUCAGUAGAAGCCCUCCUCGUCUAUCAAGGAGGAGUUUGAGCAGUAGUCCUGUCAGAAGCAUGGACAGGAGUCCUGUUAGGAGCAUCGGCAGGAGUCCAAGAAGAAGCAUCAGCAGGAGCCCGGUGAGGGGCAGGAAGGGGAGAAAGGUCGAUAGAAGUCCUGUGAUAACUCGUUCUCUUAAAAGUGUCAGCAAGAGCCCUGUAAGAUCCCGCCGGAGCAGGAGUUCUCCCAGAGUAUCAUCACGAAAGAGCGUAAGUCGCAGUCCAGUUAGAUCACCUGCAAGAAGCUUAAGCAGAAGCCCUGUAAGAGUGUCAAGAAAGAGCAUAAGUCACAGUCCAGUUAGAGCGCCUGCAAGAAGCUUAAGCAGAAGCCCUGCAAGAGUGUCAAGAAAAAACAUAAAUCGCAGUCCAUUAAGGAAGAGUUCAAGUCGCAGUCCAAUUAAAUCACCUGCAAGAAGCUUAAGCAGAAGCCCUGUAAGAGUGUCAAGAAAGAGCAUAAGUCGCAGUCCAGUUAGAGCGCCUGCAAGAAGCUUAAGCAGAAGCCCUGUAAGAGUGUCAAGAAAGAGCAUAAGUCGCAGUCCAGUUAGAGUGCCUGCAAGAAGCUUAAGCAGAAGCCCUGUAAGAGUGUCAAGAAAGAGCAUAAGUUGCAGUCCAGUUAGAUCACCUGCAAGAAGCUUAAGCAGAAGCUCUGGUAGGGUCCCCUCAAAGAGAAGCAUUAGCCGAAGUCCUGUCAGGGCACCCAGUAGAAACAAUCGCCGCAGUUAUUCUAGGAGUCCUAGCCCUGUACGUAGGAGAAGAACACCUCGUGGGGGUAGUUUGUCUAGAAGUGCUUCACCUGAUGCUUCGCCAAAGCGUAUCAGAAGGGGAAGAGGUUUCAGUGAACGAUACUCCUAUGCAAGAAGGUAUAGAACCCCUUCCCGGUCUCCUGUGAGGUCAUACCGGUACAAUGGAAGAAUUGAUCGUGACAGAUAUACAAGUUACAGAAGGUAUUCCCCUAGGCGUUUCAGAAGCCCACCACGGGGAAGAACUCCUCCAAGGUACCGAAGGAGAAGCCGAUCACCAUCUGUUUCGCCCAGCCCACGCUACCGAGCUCGAAGAUAUAGCAGAAGCCGCAGCCCAGUUCGCAUUCGCUCCCCAGUUCGGAGCACUUCCCCCGAUCGAUCUCGCCCCUCUCCUCGUGUAGAAAGGCAUUCUUCGUACUCCCGGAGCAGGAGUCCAGUGAAAUCUAGGUCUUCUGUAGAAUCACCAUCUCCAAGAAAAGCAAGUAGAGACAGGUCAGCUUCAUCAUCCAGAAGCCCAGAUGGAAAGAGAGGCUUGGUCUCAUACGGUGAUGGUUCUCCUGACUCGGGCCAAAGGUGAAAUUCUUGGUCCCCUAUGGUUUUGGGUAUUGUUGUCAUCUUUUGUGAGCUUGGGGCUUCAAUUUUGGAACUUCACCUUCUGCUUUGCUUAAUGCUGGAAUUUGUGGAUGCCAAUAUACCAUGUUUUAUUUCUUUGUAGACAACAAUGACAUGUUAAAGAUUCUAAUGCUAGAAUAAAUAAGACAGUACUUGUGAAAUUAGGAUAUGUCCCUGGUGGUGGAGUUAUUGCGGUAUUUGGUGGAACUGGAGUUAAGGAAAACUCGUAUUUUGUUGCCUGCCAUGUCCUCGGUAGCACAAUCAUUUGAGUUGAAUUUAUAAAAUUUUGGAAA